GCGUGUAGUAGUCACUUACCGGUUUUCUGGAGAUAUUUAAGCAAAGACGGAAUUUGGCAGUGGUAGAGUAUAAGCACUUACAGAACUGUAUCUACUGGAGUAGAUACACCCUUUAUAAAGACCAUUUUAUCCCUGAAAGGGGAAAGCAGAAUUUGACCGGGGAACACCAAGCUUCAGCGCAGAGCAGGCCGGCACUUUCUACUAAAAACUGAAAGUGGGUCAGUUUUCAGGAUCUGUGGCGUGACGGUCACGGAGAUCAACCUGCAGAAGUUUGGCCUGGGUCAGGCAAGCGGUCUCCGUAUUUCCUGUUUCUCACGCUCUAGGCUUUUCUCCUCUAGGGCUCUUUGAGUACACGCCCCCUCCACCGCAAAGACAGUUUUGAUUCCUCAGGAAAGCAGUUCUUCGUCGGGCAUUCGUAACUAAGAAAAUUUGGCUACCUAAAUCCAUGUAGAAGCGCUAAUUUGGCCUGGAAAACCGAGGAAUAAGUGCAGAUUUGCUACUCCUUAAGGACCUGGAGAGGACUCCAUCUCCCAGGACGUGACAGUGGUGAAGUCCUGGUUAUAAUUUAGAAAGACGGCCAAUAGGAGUUUUAAAAAGACCGCGCUUGGCCUUGGUCUGAGCGCUGGAAGAGGGUCGAAUUGCCUGGGAAGCCAUGGAAGCUGCUGGGAAAGAGGAAAUCAGUGUUGAAGAUGAAGCUGUGGAUAAAAACAUUUUCAAAGAUUGCAACAAGAUUGCUUUCUACAGGCGUCAGAAACAGCAGCUCUCCAGGAGAUCAACCUAUAAGGCAUCACUAGACUCAGCCACGAUAGGCAAAGACAGCACCAAGUUCCGAAUCAUCAAUGAAACAACCAAGGUUCCCCUUCUGGCUGAAAUUUAUGGUAUAGAGGGAAAUAUUUUCAGGCUUAAAAUCAAUGAGGAAACUCCCCUGAAACCCAGGUAUGAGGUUCCCGAUGUACUCACAAGCAAGCCCAGCACUGUAAGGCUUAUUUCAUGUGCAGGGGAUGCAGAUAGUCUGGUAUUGACAGACGGAAAAGGAGAUCUGAAGUAUCAUAUCACAGCAAACCCAUUCAAGAUAGAUUUGGUGUCUGAAGAAGAAGUAGUGAUGAGCAUAAACUCCCUGGGCCAAUUGUACUUUGAGCACCUGCAGAUUCCUCUUGAGCAAAGAGCUACCAAAGAAAAUAAGGAGGACACAUCAGCUGACACUUCUCAGGAAGACCAAGACGAUCUGGGCCUGUGGGAGGAGAAAUUCGGAAAAUUUGUGGAUAGCAAAGUUAAUGGUCCUGCCUCCAUUGGUUUGGAUUUCUCCUUGCAUGGAUUUGAGCAUCUCUAUGGGAUCCCGCAACAUGCAGACUCACACCAACUUAAAAAUACUAGUGAUGGUGAUGCUUACCGUCUUUAUAACCUGGAUGUCUAUGGAUAUAAAAUACAUGACAAAAUGGGCAUUUAUGGUUCAGUGCCUUAUCUCCUGGCCCACAAACUAGGUAGAACUCUAGGCAUUUUUUGGCUCAAUGCCUCUGAAACUCUAGUGGAGAUCAAUACGGAGCCUGCAGUAAAGUACACGGUAACCCAGAUGGGCCCAGUUGCAGCUAAGCAAAAAGUCAGAUGUCGAACUGAUGUGCACUGGAUGUCAGAGAGUGGAAUCAUUGAUGUCUUUCUGCUGAUGGGACCUACGCCUUCUGACGUCUUCAAGCAGUAUUCAUACCUUACAGGCACACAGGCCAUGCCCCCUCUCUUCUCCUUGGGGUACCAUCAGUGCCGCUGGAACUACGAGAAUGAGCAGGAUGUAAAGGCGGUGGAUGCAGGAUUUGAUGAACAUGACAUUCCUUAUGAUGUCAUGUGGCUGGACAUAGAGCAUACCGAGGGCAAAAGGUACUUCACUUGGGACAAGAAAAGAUUCCCAAACCCCAGAGGGAUGCAAGAGCUGCUCAGAAGCAAAAACCGUAAGCUUGUGGUCAUCAGUGACCCCCACAUCAAGAUUGAUCCUGACUACUCAGUGUAUGUUAAGGCCAAAGAACAGGGCUUCUUUGUGAAGAAUCAUGAAGGAGGAGACUUUGAAGGGGUUUGCUGGCCUGGUCUCUCCUCUUACUUGGAUUUCACCAAUCCCAAAGUCAGAGAGUGGUAUUCAGGUCUUUUCACUUUCUCUGCUUAUCAGGGAUCUACUGACAUCCUCUACAUAUGGAAUGACAUGAAUGAGCCCUCUGUAUUUAGAGGGCCAGAGCUAACCAUGCAGAAGAAUGCCAUUCAUCAUGGCAAUUGGGAGCACAGGGAACUUCACAACAUGUAUGGUUUUUAUCAGCAAAUGGCUACUGCAGAAGGACUAAUACAACGAUCUAAGGGAAAGGAGAGACCCUUUGUUCUUACCCGUUCUUUCUUUUCUGGAUCACAAAAGUAUGGUGCUGUGUGGACAGGUGACAACACAGCCGAAUGGAGCUACCUGAAAAUUUCUAUCCCUAUGUUACUCACCCUCAGCAUUACUGGGAUCUCUUUUUGCGGAGCUGACGUAGGCGGCUUCAUUGGGAAUCCGGAGGCAGAGCUGCUAGUGCGAUGGUACCAGGCUGGAGCCUACCAGCCUUUCUUCCGUGGCCACGCCACCAUGAACACCAAACGGCGGGAACCCUGGCUCUUUGGGGAGGAAUACACGCAGCUCAUCCGGGAAGCCAUCCGGCAGCGCUACACCCUCCUGCCCUAUUGGUAUUCUCUGUUCUACUGCGCACACGUGACAGCCCAGCCCGUCAUGAGACCUCUGUGGAUAGAGUUCCCAGAGGAAUUAGACACUUUUGGGGUAGAAGAUGAAUACAUGCUGGGAAGUGCUUUAUUGGUUCAUCCAGUCACAGAACCAAAAGCCAGCACAGUUGAUGUGUUUCUGCCAGGAUCAAAUGAGGUCUGGUAUGACUCUAAAACAUUUGCUCAUUGGGAAGGAGCACGUACUGUGAAGGUCCAGGUAGCCUUAGACACUAUACCAGUAUUUCAGCGAGGUGGAAGUAUAGUACCAAUAAAAAUGACUGUAGGAAAAUCCACAGGCUACAUGACCGAUUCCCCAUAUGGACUCCGGGUGGCUCUAAGCACUAAGGAUUCUGCCAUGGGUGAAUUCUAUCUUGACGAUGGUCAUUCGUUCCAGUACCUCCACCAGAAGCAAUUCUUGCACAGGAAGUUUUCAUUCUUGUCAGGAGUUUUGAUGAACAGUUGUGCUGACAAAAGAGGUCAUUAUCCCAGCAAGUGUGUGGUGGAGCAGAUCUUUGUCCUAGGCCUCAGGAAACAGCCAUCUUCUGUGACUAUCCGUUCAUCUGAUGGUAAAGAUGAGCCUGUGGCUUUUACCUAUUGUGCCCAGAUGGCCACCCUGCAGCUGGAGAAUCUCUCACUGAACAUCGGCGCUGACUGGGAGGUCCAUGUCCAAUGACGGUGUGGUGCACUGGGGCAAGCGUGGGAAGCAGCCUGCACCUUUCAGCUUUGCCCUUGACCUUUUCUGAGAUCUGUGCUGCAUGCUAAUUGACUUCUAUGGCUAAAAAGUGUCCUUCUUGAUCAUUGGUUUACUAAUGAGAAUAGAUUUCAGGUUUUGUAUUUUUAGA